UAUGGAAAGUACAGACUUAAGUAGAUGGCGAUUGAAAGUGGACCAUGGAAGACAGACAUGGCAUUAUUUAAAUGAAAAUGAGAUUAAAAAUUAUCCUCAAUCUGUCAUUGAAAAGUAUUCGAUCGGACUACCUUUUCAUUCGAAAACAUUUGAAAAGCCAAAAACUGCUUUCGAAGCAGCUCGAAAUGGGUUCGAAUUUUUUAAACAACUACAAACUUCUGAUGGUCAUUGGGCAUGUGAAUAUAGUGGGCUGACGUUUUUGACACCAGUACUUAUUAUUACUAUGUAUAUUACGCAAAUUCCUAUCCCUGAAGUUUCGAGAAUAGAAAUCAUUAGAUAUUUGACAAAUAAAGCAAAUCCUAUUGAUGGUGGAUGGGGGUUGCAUAUUGAACAACACUCGACAGUAUUUGGGACUACUUUAAGUUAUAUUGCGCUUCGUAUCUUGGGUCUUGAUCCCGAUCAUCCAGUAAUGGUAAAGAGUAGAGCAACUUUGCACAAACUUGGAGGUGCAAUUGGUAUACCUUCAUGGGGAAAAUUUUGGUUGGCAUGUUUAAAUGUAUAUGACUGGGAAGGGCUUAAUCCAAUUCCACCAGAACUAUG